AUGCUCAAUCCUGCUUUGCCUCCGAGUUUGACUGACUGGUGUUCUUGUCUCUUCAGGUUCUGUGUGUGUGUGUGUGUGUGUGUGUGUGUGUGUGUGUGUGUGUGUGUGUGUGUGUGUGUGUGUGUGUGUGUGUGUGUGUGUGUGUGUGUGUGUGUGUGUGUGUGUGUGUGUGUGUGUGUGUGUGCACUCCAAUCGCCGUCAUGCCAGGUCGCUGAAGGGGAGGUUCAUUCAGACCUUGACCUCCCCGCCCUUUCACCCCUCUGCGAUUGGAGGAUUCCGAACGCUAGCAUGGACGAUGACUUGGCCGAGCUGUGGGAACGCGAUGAUGAUCUCGAUUUUGUCGACGAGCUGCUCUAUGAAAACGAGCCGACGGAUCCCCCACAGGCUUCAAAGCUGCAUACUCAACCGCACCAGCGAUCUGAACCCCCACCUGCACCGCCGUCCCACCGUGCUGCCGAACCCAAAGUCCAUGGCUCCGGCGCUGGUGCAGAUGCAACUCAGCCGCUGUCUGUGGCUAAUGGUGGCGUCGAGCAGCCCGCCAAAGUUGCGCCACGACGCAGCAUCUUUGAGCGGCUCUCCACUGCUGGUAUACAAGGUACCGGACCCAGUCACACAGCAACAGCGCCCGCCACUGACCAAAUGACUGGCGCCACUCCACCCAUGGGGCCCCCUUCAUUUGCCUCGCCUACCGUCUCAGCCGGGCCUCGCGCCACGCCUGCCCGGCUACCUGCCUGCUUACAAGGCAGCCGCCCAGCGCGCAAGUUUUUCUUGCUUUGGAUUCGAGAGGCCAGACACUUUAUUCUUGGCGAGACAGCUUCGCGUUGGACGCUUGUCACCACAGUUGUUCGGAAGCUCAAUGCGUCGUGGAAGCAUGGCGACGUGUACUUUUUGCUCGCCGAUCAUCCCACCAAGCAGUUUGUGGGAGCCGCACGCAUGGUCAACAUGGUGCAUACCAAUCGUGAGAGUGACCAGCAGGAUGCAAAGCUUCCGUACAACGUGGAACUGGCCUGGGUUGCAACGCACGCCGUACCGUUUUCCUCGCUUGAGCAUCUCCGCAACACGCUCAAUGCAAAUAGCUCAAUGGGCCGCGGCAAGACCGGGCAAGAAGUGAACGAACGCUCUGCUUUCCAACUGCUUCACCUCAUGGACCAGUCCACAACAAUGGCCCAAGUUAAUGUGGGCCGCCCGAUGGCUAGUACAGUUGCUGGCACGAGCCAGACAGUGGAUAUUGAUGCUGCCCCUACACCUCAAGCAACUACAUCUGUCAAGCGAGAAGAACCACCGGCCAAGCGGGCCCGACCGGACUUCCCGCCAGGGUCUGACAACACGUCUCUUGGAGCACAUGAGUCAUCUCCGAGCCUACAACCUUCCGUGUACAUGAACAUGAACAUGAACUCAGACAUGCAUCCCAUGUUGGGUGGAAACAACGUGGGUAUGCCGUCGGGCGUAAAUCCCAGCUUGAGCAUGAGCUCGGGCAUGGGUCCGGGCACCCAGAUGGGUGCCACCCAUGGCCUGAAUGCAGGCAUGGGCCCCAGUUUGAAUCCUCACAUGAACAUGGGCAUGAACAUGGGCAUGAACCCCACUAUGGACUCGAGCACGCAGAUGGUUAUGAACCCAAACAUGGGCAUGAAUGUUGGUAUGAAUUCGGGCAUGCACAUGGACAUGCAUCCCGCCAUGAAUUCUGGCGUCAUGCAUAUGGUCCCUGGUGGGCCCAACGUCUCCAUGAGCUUGCCCAUGAGCAUGGGUUCAAGCAUGCCCGGUCCUGGUCCCUUGCUAAACAUGGGCGGCUCUGAUAUGAGCAUGCAAGCCCCAAUGUCACUGACGGCAAUGGCAUCAAGGACACAUCAUCCUGGUGCAAUAAACAUGGGCGAUAGUAACAUGCGACUCGGAGAAGGCGGCUUUCACAUCGGCCCGGCUAUGGGCCCGGAGCAACAAGGCUUUCUUCCCAAUUUUGGCGCAAACCACGGCCUGGCUGGACCCCCUUUGAUGGGCCUAGGCGGAGGCUGGAACCCCAUGCUGAACGCCAAUGCCAACAUUAAUGCACCUGGUCGCCAAGGCCAUGGUCGUGGUCGUGGUCGUGGCCGCACCCGUGGUGGUCGUGGUCGCGACUGGGACACCGAGUUGGCAGCCGAGACCUACCUCGGUAUUCGAAAUCGUAACAUCUCCCCACGCUCUGGCUCUCCCCCCGCUGAUGAGGAUGAGGAUGAUGACCGAGACCGUGUGGCCAUACGAACUAUCAACAUUGAGGUGCUGUCUCUCGACGAGCAAGCUCUGGAACGAGAGAUCAAGGCUUUACAGCUUUCGCGCCAACUCCACCACCCAAACAUCUACCCACUUUUCAGCUGCUUUGAAGCUCAUGGCAAUCAGCUCUGGUCGGUGGGACCAUAUCUACCGUACGGGUAUUUGAAAGAUAUCAUUGACGUGUAUUACCCAAGUGGCAUGCCGGAGGCUGCUUGUGUUGCAGUUUUGCGCGACGUAUUGUUGGCCACUGAGUUUCUACACAAACACGGCUAUGUGCAUAACCGAAUUGGGCCCAGCAGCAUUGUACUGACUAGCCAAGGCACUGCACAACUUACAAACUUUCACUACUGCCUUAAACGCGAAGGUGAUGGUGUCAUGUGGCAACAGCUUUACGAGUGCCCCCGGUACCUGACAGACACUCCGCUAUUGGCACCAGAAGUCCUAGCCCAGGACCUGCGAGGUUAUGAUAACAGAGCUGAUAUUUAUAGCAUUGGCAUUCUGGCCAUUGAGCUGAUCCACGGAGAGCAUCCCUAUGGUGGCCUCCAGCUGCCACAUGUGUUUGUCGUGAAGUUGCGUGGCAUGGUUGUCGAGGUACACCCGCAAAAAAAGGCUUCCAAGGCAUAUCGCAAUUUUGUGCGCGAGACCAUGCGCUUUGAACCCGUCGAAAGGCCUGACGCCCAGACGCUGCUGUCCCACCCAGCAAUCAAACACGCCAAACGCAACCACGCCCUGAGCAAGUAUUUGCCAACCGACACUCCUCUGAUGUUAUCCGAUGAGGAUCUGGCCGAGCUGCAGUGCCGCCCACCUGAGAUUGACUUGCCAGAUGGAUUCUCCCGCUCUGCCUUCCCGGCCCUGUCCAAGGGCGACCUGAGCAUUUACCGUCAUGGAAGCCGCCCUCGGCUAGUCGCAGCGCAUGGGCUUGGCCGUUUGGACUCAGCGCAGACGCAGGAACCCGAGUUGGGCCGUGACGUCUAUUUUGACAGCGAGCUACAGGACAUUGACGAACUCGAUGAGAACUACGAUAGCGGAGCUCUGCGCUACCGACUGCCGCUUGCCAGUGUGGCUGAAGAGCAGACAAAUGCGCAAGGCGAGUAUCUGACAGACGACCAGCCCACGACAGACGUUCUGCUUGAGUCAGAAACCAGCGAAGGAGAUGAACCCCCGGGUACCGCGGUACCGCCAGAGCCAGAAGCCCCAGAAGCUGAUGAGCAAACGCGUAGCACGCUGCGCACAUUUAAUCACGCCACCUUUGCCGACCACACCCCCUUUGUGGAUCCUGGCACCAGCUCUCCGACGGUCAUGAGCCCACCCUCACGAUCUCAUUCGAGCCUCGGUGGCAGCCGGGUCAGCAGCCGCACUGGACUGGGUCAGAGCAUGGAUAGCGUGGAGGUGGCCAGUGUGCGUCGCAUGACCAGCCCAGACGUAGCAGUGGAUGAGGAUUACAACAGCGUCGUCGAGUAUGAUUCACCGGUCAACUCCACUCGCUCGUCCUUUAGUGAGCACGACGUUAUCAAUUCAGCACGCCGUGCAGCUCGUCAGUCACAACUGGCUCGCUAUCUGACUGCUUCACCCAAGGUGACGCCGCCACCACCUCCCUCAGCGACUCCUUUUCUGGACCUCGAAGCAUUGCCUGAGACCCCGCCUACUUCCCGACGUGUGUCUCCGGGCUUUUUGCAUCGAAGAUCACACCAUCGACCUCACCACUUUCCCUCGAGUGAUGCCGAGUCAGACACAGACAUGCCACGCUGGUCUAACAGCGCCAUGGCCGGGCGCCGGGCGCACCCAAGCGGCAUGCGCCUGCAUCAUCAAGGCUCAGGUUGUAGUGAUGUCGAGGGCGACGACGAGGCCUCUGAUCCGGGAGCUCUUAGUCGACACCCGUCCCAGGAACAUUUGGUUCCUGCCGGGCGCAACUCACCUCUGCGUGGUUCUGCGCCAACCUCCCGAUUCGUUUCGCCGCUGGGAGGAGCCUCCCGACUGACGUUGCGCGCCCAUUCUCAGCCCGUUCACACUCAUCAGCGGGAUGCAUCCCGCUCCACAUCCGUCUCUAGCCGACGUUCCAUUGAUUUGCUCUCAAGCAAGCUACCGUUUGUGUGGCAAUUUGGCUUACGGGAUGUGCUCCAUGAAUCCAGUGAGGAGUCACAGACCCCGAUGCGCCCGGUUUUGCUAGACGACGACGCGGGGCACCAAGGCCGUCCUCGCAGCCAGUCACUACUCAGUGCUCGACGCGUGUCUGAAGCUCGCAGCCGCUCACCCUCGGCAACAUCGGCUCACUCUCGCCCCCGUUCACUAAGCGUGCACACGAUGCAGGGAACCUCGCCCCCCACCGUCGUCGUCGCCACUGACGGAGUGAAGCACCCCCAUCUUCACCAACAAUUCCUGGGCGUGGACUCAGCUACGUCUCGCCCGCGGGGAGCAAGCCUGACCCUUUUGUCCAACACGGGUAUUCCAUUUGGUCCGCGUCCACGGGCCCGUAGUUCAGAGCAUGUGCAAACGCAACCAUUCUCGUGGGCAUCGAGUCCGGAACAACCUGAUGGCCGCAAUGCCACCACCGAGGUCUCAUCUCUUCCUCAUUUACAUGCACCUGUCGUCACAAUUUCCUCACCAGCCACCCCCCCAUCACCCGUCAACUGCGAGGUCUUUGAAACCCGCGGCGUGGUAACCUCAACUGGCUUUCCAGGGGAGGAGGGGGAAGGAAGUCCCGCUGAGACGCGCACAACGCGCUCCAACAGUGACGGCCCGAGUCCAUUACGGCACGCGACUUCCGUGAGUCGCUCAAAUUCGUCGGAAGUCUAG